AUGUCUGUGGUACGCCCUGUGUCCGCGGCAACGCGCGGUGCCACGCCGCGCCGGACGCCGCCGCCGGUGCAGGCGGUCUGCAGCGGCUACGUCAGCAGCGGAUGGAGUACAGCCCUGCGGCGGCAAGUGGAGGCGCACCCGCGCCAGCGCCGCACGGCGGCGCCCAACGCGCCCAGGCGGGACCCCGUGCGCAUGUGCGGCAUUUUGGGUAUCUACAAGCGCAGCGGCCAGGUCAGCGUUGAGCUUUACGAGGGCCUGCUGACGCUGCAGCACAGGGGCCAAGACAGCGCGGGCAUGGUGACGACGGACUGGGAGAAGUUCCGCGAGCACAAGGCCAAUGGGCUGGUGAAGGACGUCUUUGACAAACAGUCCACCCUGGACAAGCUCACGGGCCAGGUCGGCAUCGGGCACGUGCGGUACCCGACAGCCGGCAGCAGCAGCGCGCAGGAGGCGCAGCCGUUCUUCGUGAACAGCCCCCUGGGGAUAUACCUCAUCCACAACGGCAACCUCACAAACACGGGUGGGUUAGGGGGCUGA